GGAGAAAGGCCAGGGGGAGGGGGAGGCAGGGGGAUGCGUUAUUUGAACAAUUCGUACUACGUUUGAGCACCGUGCACCGAGCAAUUACGGGAGAAUCCUGGAGUGUCAGCUGGUAUUCGUCUUUUCCCCUAGUUUUUACUUUAAGGCCGUAUUCCGCGCUCAAAUAACUUCAAAGAUGGAUGGCAACAACCCACAAGAUUUCAAAAUAUUUCAAGAUAGUGUUGACAAUUGUUCUUGGGCUACGAUUUCUAUAAGCAAUGAGGUAGGAACUUCUCUAGAGCUGGAUAAUUCCGAUGAUGUUGAAGAGAGCCUCGACGAUACCCUCCCCAUAGAAGAAGUUGAAGAGUUGGGUGGGAAAAAUAACAAGUAUUUUGUGGAACAUACCAAUAUUAAUGGUAUAUAUCAGUCUACCAAUAUGUUACCUAUAAGAGCUAUGUCAGCGUAUGCUGGAGAAAGUCCAGCUCCUAAAGAUAUGAGAGAGUUUCAACCAGUGUAUUGUUCUUCCUCAAUCCAAUCAGACUCAGCUGGUUCAAGUAAAGAUAGUUUUGAAUUUAGUCCACCAUGCUGCUCCAGCAAACUUGAUAAUCAGUUGAAGUCUAGCAACUGUGGGAUAGCUCAACAUACUAGGGAUACCCAACAAAAUCCAUUUGCAAACCACCACGCUCCUAUCAUUCGAGAAAUUGCAAAGUUAAACCCAUGCUUUGGACCACUACAUAACAUGAGGAUGGGAAGUGCAGAAUUUAAACCUAAAAAAUGUUCAACCGCCCUCAGUGAGUCAGAAUUUCAGAUACCCUAUGCUCCAACGGGACAGCAGGAAAGUUCGAUAUUUUUUGCACCGCUGCGCUGCUCAACAGGCAUUACCAGGUCUGCUUCAAUGAACCACGCAUUGCCAUCCGCCAAAGCAGACUUUGCUCCUCAUCGAUGCUCAACCGGCUUACAAGACAACUCCACUGCAUUUAUACCAUUAAGAUGCUCAACUGAAAACAAUGAGUCUGCCAUAUUCAACCCCAUACUUUCUUCUACUGCUACAUCAAAUGAUGAGAGUAAUAUUCCGGAAUUUAAAUAUUUGAGGAUGGGAAGUGAAAAACGCUAAACAAAACGGUUUGAUUAAAUAUGUACAAAAUUAAUUGUGUGUGUGUGUGUGUUUUUCAAAAAAUUAGAGAUAAUCUUUGUAUGUUUCUUUUUUAUCAACAUUUUAUUAUUUUAUGGAGAGAUGCAAUGUAUGUAAAUGAAUUUUAAUAAUAAAUAAAUGAGCGCGUACCGAGCGGCGCGAUUCAAACCCUGAA